UCACUCAUCGACAAUUCAAGAGAGGGGAUUUUCUACUUGAAUAUUGUGGUGAAAACAUUGGACUUAAAGAGGCAACCCACAGAGAGGCAAGCUACGCGACGAAGGAUGGAAACUUCAUGUUUUUCUAUAAGGAUGGGAGAAAUACACGAUGCGUGGAUGCUACAAAAUCAAGAGGGCUUGGGAGAAUGGUAAAUGAUGGGUGUGGGAGAGAAAUUAACUGCAAAGCCCAGUUAGUUGAUGACCAUCUGUGCUUAUUUGCCACAGAAGAUCUGCCCAUUGGCGCAGAGCUGCGAUAUGAUUACGGGAUCCCCAAUCUACCAUGGAGAAAGAAAACUGUGAGUACCAAGUCCAAAGAUCUAGAGGACCCCUUUCCUCAACUCACAUUUUGUGGGUUGAUAAAGGAUCAUGAGGAUGUGAUGUCAGGUACCUCAAUAGCAACAGCUGAAAUGAUAGGUGAAGAAACUGUACACUCCUGGUCUACCAGUGCCAAAUCUGAAGGAACAGAUGAGCUCAACAAGGCACCGAAGGGCAGGCUAGAAUAUACGAGAAGCGGCAAGCAUGCCUUUUUUGUGGCAGUAUGGUUUCCAAGGCAGCCAGGCACAUGAAAGAUAUGCACGCUGAUGAGUCUGAGGUGAAACAUGCCAAGGCCAAGGAGCCCAAGUCAACUAACAGGCGACCUACUGUUGAAUUUGAGAGGCUCCGUUUGAAAGGGAAUUUCUACCAUAAAUAUGGAGGUGCUGUCAUCUGGUGUGGGUCAGAUCAUCGUUGCCAGAAAUCCUCCCUUCGGUCAAGAGGUCCAAUCUUCAGAUAACCUGCCAUGCCCAUUUUGCAUGUUCUGUCGGCAAUGGUCCAUCAUCAGAUAUCCAUGGUGACUCGACCUGGUACAGAUAAGGGGAAAGAGAGGUCGCGCAGUGCCUGUGCUUCUGACCAGUGGAAGUCUUGAUGGAAAACCGUGAAGCAGUUGGGGCGCAUAAUUCGAAUCCCUAUAUAUUUGCUCGCACCCGAAACUCCUUGAAACAAGUGAGAGGAUGGGAUUGCCUAACUGCUGUUGCCAAGCAGGCUAAUCUGCAAGAGCCUCCUGCAGAAACGAGCACAAAGCUGAGAAAGUAUGUUGCAACGGUGUCUCAGAUUAUUAGACCUAAACAGCAAUGCGCUCGACUGGCUAGCAAGGCACCUGUGCCACGACAUAACUGUCCACAGGGACUUCUACCGCCAACACGAGUCGACACUAGAGCUUGCGAAAGUCAGCAAGCUACUUCUUGCUGUAGACAAAGGCAAGAUAGCAAAACUGUCUGGCCGAAAACUUGAUGAUAUUGAUUUGGAAGGUGUUUUGGCUGAUGAAUCAUCAAGUGAAGAGGAGGAUGCAGGUACGUAAAAUAAUUUUGUUAUCAGAUUGAGAUUGCAGAUUAAUUUUCAUAGAAUAAUUGAGGUAUGUGUGGGGGGGGGGGGCGCAUUAUACAUUUAAAGUUGCAGGUUUAUACAUGUCCACAUUCUCUUGUGUUUAAAAACAUCAUAAAUACAUAGCCAUAAACUAAUACCUGGGACAGUU